AUGAAUGGCAGAGCGAGGAGCCUCGUGGUGAGGCUGCGCGGGCUGCCGUUCAGCGCGACGGAGUCGGACAUUAAAGCCUUCUUCGACGGGCUCGACAUCGCGCCCGACGGCAUCGUCCUGCAGCUUAACUACCAAGGUCGAGCGACUGGCCAGGCCUUCGUUCGCUUCGCGGACGCGGAGAAUGCGACCAAAGCCCUCGAGCGCAACAGGCAGCACAUCGGAUCGCGCUAUAUCGAGGUUUUCAAGGGGCAUUCAGCAGACAUGGAGGGGGCCUUGCGGAUGGCGGGCAGGGGCGGUGCUGCUGGUGCUGGUCCGGGGGCGGGGGCGCCUAAUAUGGGCAUGGCGGGCAUGGGCGGCAAUAUGGCGGCGGCAACAUCUGGGCUGCUUGCGGGUGGUGCUGCGGGGGCUGGGGUGCCAGGAAUGGCGGGCAACACGGACAUGCGCUACAGCGGCGUCAUCCGCAUGCGCGGCAUGCCCUAUAGCGCGACGUCGGCGGACAUAGCGGCGUUCUUCAAGGGCAUGCAGGUGGCGCACGACGGCAUCUUCCUCUGCUCGCACCCCGACGGCCGCGCCACCGGCGAGGCGUUUGUGGAGUUUGCGAACGAGGAGACGGCGGCGAGGGCGCUGCAGCUGCACCGGGAACCAAUGGGCCAUCGGUACGUGGAGCUGUUCCGGAGCACCAAGGGGGAGAUGAUGGCGGCGGUGCAGCAGCGCAUGUACUCCACGUUCCCGCCCGUCCCCGCCUUCAUGGGCCCCAUGCCUGGUAUGAUGGGCUUCGGAAUGCCAAGCCUGGGCGCAGCCAAUCUCGCCGCCAUGCACAUGGGCGCGGGCGGAAUGGGGGGCGCGGGCGGAAUGGGCGCAGGGGGGAUGGGGGGCGGAGGCAUGGGGGGGGCAGGAGGCCCGGGGGGCGGGAUGGGCGCAGCGCAGGCAGCAGCAGCGGCGUCAGAGAACGUAUGCAUAAAGAUGCGCGGGCUACCGUUCAGUGCAGGGCAGGAGGACAUUCUGGCGUUUUUCGAGGGGUAUGAAUUGGUGGGGAACGGUGUGCACAUCAUGACGGGGCACAACGACCGGCCCACGGGAGAGGCGUUUGUGGAGUUUGCCUCGUCGGAGGAGGCGGGGAGGGCCAUGGAGCGCCACCGGCAGCACAUGGGGAAUCGUUAUAUCGAGCUGUUCCGUGUCUCCAAGAGGUGGGUUGUGGGGGGUGAAGAGGUUGGGUUGGUUGGGGAGAGGUUGGGAUGUGAGGCGGCCCAUUUGGCUGCAUUGCCGGAGGAGGCGGGGCGGGCUAUGGAGCGCCACCAACAACACAUGGGAAAUCGUUAUAUCGAGCUGUUCCGUGUCUCCAAGACGUGGGUUGUGGGGGGUGAAGAGGUUGGGUUGGUUGGGGAGAGGUUGGGAUGUGAGGCGGCCCAUUUGGCUGCAUUGCCGGAGGAGGGGGGGCGGGCUAUGGAGCGCCACCAACAACACAUGGGAAAUCGUUAUAUCGAGCUGUUCCGUGUCUCCAAGAGGUGGGUUAUGGGGGGUGAAGAGGUUGGGUUGGUUGGGGAGAGGUUGGGAUGUGAGGCGGCCCAUUUGGCUGCAUUGCCGGAGGAGGCGGGGCGGGCUAUGGAGCGCCACCGGGCUAUGGGCAUCCGAUACAUCGAGCUGUUCCGUGUCUCCAAGAGUGAGGCGCUGGUGGCGGUGCAAGGGGGGUCGUUGGCGGGGUUCAACAUGGCGGGUGCAUUGGACCCCAACAUGCAGCUGCUGCUGCUGCAACAACAGCACCUUUCAUUCCGUGUGCGCCUUUGUGCUUGCACGCACCCCUUCACCCUCCUUUCCCCCCUUCCCCCCUUCCCCAACCCAUCUUCCUGUCCACAGCAAUUGCAGGCAGCAGCAGCAGCAGGGUCGUUUGGCAUGGGGGGAUGGGGGGGCGGCAUGGGCAUGGGAGGGGGGGGCGGAGACUUCUAUGGGCGCCAGGGAGGGGGAGGAGGGGGCCAGGGCUAUGACCCCUCUCAGCAGAACUAG